AUGGUAAAAACAAAACAAAACAAAAAACGUGGGGGUGAAGAGUUUCAAGAUCUGGAACUUAGAGAAAUUCAAGAGCUAAUUAACAGAAGACGACUUGAUGGAGAGGCCCAGAGAGGGGAAGGCCUUGCCCAGGAUUACACAGCAGGAAAGGAGGUGGCUGAUAAAUGGUACAGUGAAAUCAAGAACUACAACUCCCAACAGCCUGGUUUCGCCUCUGGGACUGGACACUUCACAAUAAUGGAAUGGAAGAAUACAAAGAAGAUGGGCAUGAGGAAGGCAUCUGCAAGUGAUGGGUCUUCCUUCAUGGUGGCCGGAUACUUCCCAGAAGGGAAUGUCAUCAAACAGGGCUUCUUUGAAGAAAAUGUCCUGCCUCCAAAGAAAUAA